AUCGGGGCUCGGGCUCGGUCUCGCGGUGUUUUCAACGCCCCGCAGAGGUGCCACCUCUCGGGGCCCAGCGAUCGGGGCGCGGGGCCGGGAGCGGUCCCUGGAGGAGCGGGAGCCGGGCUUGGCCCGGGCCGCUGGCCGGUGAGGGGGCGGGGGGCGGGGCCUGCGCCUGGCCGAGUAGGGGUGCGCGCUGGGGGAGAGCAGGAAGUGUCAAUGAGCAGAGAUGGAUCAAGAAGGUGGGGGAGAUGGGCAAAAAGCCCCGAGCUUCCAGUGGCGGAACUACAAGCUCAUCGUGGAUCCCGCCUUGGACCCUGCCUUGCGCAGGCCUUCGCAAAAGGUCUACCGCUACGAUGGAGUCCAUUUCAGCGUCAACGACUCUAAGUACAUCCCGGUGGAAGACCUGCAAGACCCCCGCUGCCAUGUCAGAUCCAAAAGCAGAGACUUUUCCCUCCCCGUGCCCAAGUUCAAGCUGGAUGAAUUCUACAUCGGACAGAUCCCCCUGAAGGAAGUGACUUUCGCAAGGCUGAAUGACAACGUGCGGGAAACCUUCCUGAAGGACAUGUGCCGCAAGUAUGGCGAGGUGGAAGAGGUGGAGAUCCUGCUUCACCCCCGCACUCGCAAGCACCUGGGCCUGGCCCGGGUGCUCUUCACCAGCACCCGGGGCGCCAAGGAGACAGUCAAGAACCUGCACCUCACCUCCGUCAUGGGCAACAUUAUCCACGCCCAGCUUGACAUCAAAGGACAGCAGCGAAUGAAGUACUAUGAACUGAUUGUCAAUGGCUCCUACACCCCUCAGACUGUGCCCACAGGGGGCAAGGCCCUCAGCGAGAAGUUCCAGGGCUCUGGUGCAGCCCCUGAGACGACUGAAUCCCGCCGCCGCUCCUCCUCAGACACUGCAGCCUACCCAGCGGGCACUGCUGUGGGCACCCCUGGCAACGGCACUCCCUGCUCCCAGGACACAAGCUUCUCCAGUAGUCGGCAAGACACCCCUUCUUCCUUCGGCCAGUUCACCCCUCAGUCCUCGCAAGGCACCCCGUAUACAUCUCGGGGCAGCACCCCCUACUCUCAGGAUUCUGCCUACUCCAGCAGUGCGACAUCGGCCUCCUUCAAGCCGCGGCGGGCCGAGAACAGCUACCAAGACUCCUUUUCCCGCCGCCACUUCUCUGCCUCUUCAGUCCCCACCACCGCUUCUCCAGCCAUCUCAGCCACCACUGCAGCCACCGCCACCCCGUCCUCGUCCUCCUCGUUGUCUUCGUCCUCCUCCUCAUCCUCCGUUCCUUCAGCGUCUCAGUUCCGUGGCUCUGACUCCAGCUACCCAGCGUAUUAUGAAAGCUGGAAUCGCUACCAGCGCCAUGCUUCCUACCCACCCCGCCGGGGGACUCGGGAGGAGCCUGUGGGUACCCCCUUCGCUGAGAACACAGCCGAGCGCUUUCCCCCUUCCUACACCUCCUACUUGCCCCCCGAGCCCGGCCGGCCCGCUGACCAGGACUACCGUCCUCCCACCUCCGAGGCGCCCCCACCAGAGCCUCCAGAACCAGGUGGAGGCGCUGGGGGGCCCAGCCCCGAAAGAGAAGAAGCUCGGAGCUCCCCACGUCCGGCCUCCCCUGCACGCUCUGGCUCCCCGGCCCCGGAGACCACUAACGAGAGCGUGCCCUUCGCGCAGCAUAGCAGCCUGGACUCCCGCAUCGAGAUGCUGCUGAAGGAGCAGCGCUCCAAGUUUUCCUUCCUGGCCUCAGACACGGAGGAGGAGGAGGAGAGCAGCAGCACAGGUCCCGGGGCCAGAGAACCAGGGAGCGAGGUGCCUUCCGGGGCGGGUCACGGGCCCUGCACGCCCCCUCCGGCCCCAGCGAAUUUUGAGGAUGUGGCACCGACAGGGAGUGGGGACCCAGGGGCCCCCCGGGAGUCUCCCAAGGCCAACGGACAGAGCCAGGCCUCUCCAUGCUCUUCAGGCGAGGACAUGGACAUCUCGGAUGACGACAGGGGCGGCUCGCCCCCUCCAGCCCCAACACCACCCCAGCAGCCCCCACCCCCACCGCCACCCCCACCCCCGCCCCCUCCCUACCUGGCCUCCCUUCCCCUUGGCUACCCUCACCAGCCUGCCUACCUCCUCCCUCCCCGCCCCGACGGGCCCCCGCCCCCACCCCCCCACAUCUAUGACUUUGUUAAUUCUCUGGAGCUCAUGGAUCGACUUGGGGCUCAGUGGGGAGGGAUGCCAAUGUCCUUCCAGAUGCAGACCCAGAUGUUAACUCGGCUCCACCAGCUGCGGCAGGGCAAGGGGUUGACGGCUGCCUCAGCCGGGCCCCCAGGGGGCGCCUUUGGGGAGGCCUUCCUCCCCUUCGCACCCCACCAAGAGGCAGCCUAUGGCUUGCCCUAUGCGCUGUAUGCACAAGGCCAGGAAGGCCGCGGGACCUACUCCCGGGAGCCCUACCACCUGCCUUUGCCCGUGACAGCCGAGCCGCUGCUCUCCUCGGGCUCAGGAGAAGAGGCACGGCCGCCUCCCCGGGAGGAGACAGAGCUGGCUGACAGCAAGGCCCUGCAGUCAGCAGGCACUGUGGGACGCGUGCUGGCCACCCUGGUGCAAGAGAUGAAGAGCAUCAUGCAGCGAGACCUCAACCGCAAGAUGGUGGAGAAUGUGGCCUUUGGAGCCUUCGACCAGUGGUGGGAGAGCAAGGAAGAGAAGGCUAAGCCUUUCCAGAAUGCAGCCAAGCAGCAAGCCAAGGAGGAAGAUAAAGAGAAGACAAAGCUCAAAGAGCCAGGCCUGCUGUCCCUGGUAGACUGGGCCAAGAGCGGGGGCACCACAGGCAUUGAGGCCUUCGCUUUUGGAUCAGGGCUGCGUGGGGCCCUGCGGCUGCCUUCAUUCAAGGUGAAGCGGAAAGAGCCAUCAGAAAUUUCCGAGGCCAGCGAGGAAAAGCGACCCCGGCCCUCCACUCCAGCCGAGGAAGAUGAGGAUGAUCCUGAGCGGGAGAAGGAAGCUGGAGAGCCGGGCCGUCCGGGGACCAAACCUCCAAAGCGAGAGGAAGAGCGAGGCAAGACCCAGGGCAAGCAUCGCAAGUCCUUCGCCCUGGACAGUGAAGGGGAGGAGGCGUCCCAGGAGUCCUCGUCAGAGAAGGAUGAGGAAGAUGAGGAAGAAGACGAAGAAGAUGAAGAGCGGGAGGAACCUAUGGAUAGCACUAAGAAGCAGGCAGAGGCAUCCGAUGGCGAGGACGAGGAAAGCGAUUCGUCCUCCAAACAUUCUCUGUAUGCCGACUCAGAUGGUGAAAAUGGCAGCACGUCGGACUCGGACAGCAGCACUUCCUCCAGCUCCUCCUCCACCUCCUCCACCUCCUCAUCCUCCUCGUCAUCGUCAUCUGAGUCCUCGGAUGAAGAGGAAGAGGAGGAAGAGGAGAAGCCACCAACCCUUCCUUCUGCCUCACCGCCUCCCCGAGACAUCCCAGUGCUCCCAGCAGCGUUCGUGGAUGAGCCCAGGCUGGAGGGCAUCGCUGCCUCCCCCAUCACACCUGGCACCGAGCGGGAGAAGUCCCCAGCUCCAGGCCGGCCGGCAGGUCCCACUGAGGAGCCACCUCCUAGCGUGCCCCAGCCGUCCCUGCAGCCCCCAGCUGGACUUCCUGCCUCCACCCUGCGCCCUGAGGAACGCCCCUCUUCCCCUAUCCCCCUCCUGCCCCCACCCAAGAAGCGUCGGAAAACCGUCUCCUUUUCUGCUGUGGAAGAAGUGCCAGCCCCAGAGCCUCCGCCAGCCGCCCUACUGCAGGCUAAGGCUCCCAGCCCAGUCAUUCGCAAAGUUCCGCGGCCCAUAGAGCGGACCAUUCGUAACCUGCCACUGGACCACGCAUCCCUGGUCAAGAGCUGGCCCGAGGAUGUGUCCCGAGGGGGUCGGAACCGGGCUGGAGGCCGAGGCCGCUCAGCUGAAGAAGAGGAAGCUGAACCGGGCACAGAAGUGGACCUGGCUGUCCUUGCUGACCUGGCCUUGACCCCAGCCCGGCGUGGGCUAGCCACCCUGCCUACUGGUGACGACUCAGAGGCUACAGAGACCUCGGAUGAGGCCGAGCGCCCUAGCAACCUGCUCAGUCACAUCCUGCUGGAGCACAACUACGCCCUGGCCGUCAAGCCCGCGCCCUCCACGCCAGCCCCGCGACCCCCAGAGCCUGUUCCCGCCCCUGCAGCCCUCUUCAGCUCCCCAGUAGAUGAGGUCCUGGAGGCCCCUGAGGUGGUGGUGGCUGAAGCAGAGGAGCCCAAGCAGCAGCAGCAGGUACAGCAGCCACCAGAGGAAACCGGGGAGGAGGAGGAAGAGGAGGAGGAGUCCGAGUCGUCGGAGAGCAGCAGCAGCAGCAGCAGCAGCAGUGACGGCGAGGGCGCCCUCCGGCGUCGCAGCCUCCGCUCCCACACGCGGCGCCGGCGGCCACCCCUCCUGCCACCGCCACCGCCACCACCGCCACCCUCCUUCGAGCCCCGCAGUGAGUUUGAGCAGAUGACCAUCUUGUAUGACAUUUGGAAUACGGGCCUGGACUUGGAGGACAUGAGAUACCUGCGGCUCACAUAUGAGCAGCUGCUGCAGCAGACAAGCGGGGCCGACUGGCUCAAUGACACCCACUGGGUCCAGCACACCAUCACCAACCUCAACACUCCGAAACGCAAGCGGCGGCCCCUAGAUGGGCCCCGGGAACACCAGACAGGCUCGGCCCGCAGCGAGGGCUACUACCCCAUCAGCAAGAAGGAGAAGGACAAGUACCUGGACGUGUGCCCUGUGUCCGCCCGGCAGCUGGAAGGAGCAGACACUCAGGUGGGCUCUGUUGCAUUACCGCCCACAGGUACCUCCCCCCCAGCCCCUCCUGUCACUCAUCUCACUCCUGUCUCACAGGGGACUAACCGAGUGCUUUCUGAGCGCCGCUCGGAGCAGCGGAGGCUACUGAGUGCCAUCGGCACCUCUGCCGUCAUGGACAGCGACCUGCUGAAGCUAAACCAGCUCAAGUUCCGGAAGAAGAAGCUCCGAUUUGGCCGGAGCCGGAUCCAUGAGUGGGGGCUGUUUGCCAUGGAGCCCAUUGCAGCCGACGAGAUGGUCAUCGAGUACGUGGGCCAGAAUAUCCGCCAGAUGGUGGCUGACAUGCGGGAGAAGCGCUAUGUGCAGGAGGGCAUCGGCAGCAGCUAUCUGUUCCGCGUGGACCACGACACCAUCAUUGAUGCCACCAAGUGUGGCAACCUGGCGCGGUUCAUCAACCACUGCUGCACGCCCAAUUGCUACGCCAAGGUGAUCACCAUCGAGGCGCAGAAGAAGAUCGUCAUCUACUCCAAGCAGCCCAUUGGCGUGGACGAGGAAAUCACCUACGACUACAAGUUCCCGCUCGAGGACACCAAGAUCCCGUGUCUGUGCGGCACCGACAGCUGUCGGGGCUCCCUCAACUGAGGUGGGCCCGGCCCGCCGCCCGCGCCCCUAUUUAUUCCCCUUGGGUCUCCGAGCGCCCCGCACCCCCAGCCUUAGUGGGUCCAGUGGGGCCCGCACGCCCCCAUCUCCGAGUGAGGGGUUGGGGCAGCUCAGCCUCCCCCCCACCAUCACCCUGACCUCACCCUCAUUUUUUUUUCUUUGCGGAGAAGAAGCUGUAAAUGUUUUGUAGCUGCCAGCAGCUGUUUCCUGUGGAAACCUGGGGUGCCGGCCUGUACAGACCCUGUUCUUGGGGGGCUGCCCAGCCCUCAUGCUUUGUGUUAAUGGGGACUUCCCCUCGUGCCCUGCGUGCACCCCUCCCCGGUUUAGGGGUCUCUAGGGGCAGCGGCCAUGUUCUCCCCCUGGGGGGGCCCUGCGCUCCCAGUCCCAGGGACUCUGUGCCUGGAACCCUGCCUCAUUCUGUGCUCCCGCCUGACCCUGCAGGUCACCUUUGCCCCCUGCUGCUUGACCAGGGGGUCCUAGGUGAGUCUUGUGUCAGGCUGGACUGUAUAUAUGUUAAUAGCGCAAACCCAACGCCACAUUUUUAUAA